AUGGCUUAUCUGCUCAUAUUCAUCACUUUGCUGCACUUGGUCAGCUUGGCCAUGCUCUUCGUUGCCACUCUGGAAAAGUCCUGGUGGGUUUGGACCGAUUCAGAAAUCACUGACCUCUGGAACAACUGCUUCUACGAUAACACCACAAAAAUUUGGGUGUGUGCCUCUACAACUGAAACAGACUGGCUGCAGUCCGUCCAGGCCCUCAUGAUCCUGUCUAUGGUCUUCUCCUGCAUAUCCUUCCUGGUUUUUCUGGGUCAGCUGUUCCUCUUGUCCAGAGGGAGCCUCUUCUACUUCACAGGCCUCUGCCAGGCCUUUGCAGGUUUUACAGCCUUUUCUGCAUGCCUCAUCUUCACCUUCCACAGGAAGGAGAUUUUAGGCAAGUCCAAAGAUCUGAGCAGAGGACGAUUUGGUUACUGUUUCAUCCUGGCUUGGCUGAGUGUUCCUCUUCUUCUUCUCAGUGGAGCAUUAUAUGCCCAUUUGCGCAAAAAGCAGUGA